AUGGAAGAGAGUAGAAUGUUGUUGCAACUCAUGGUUGAUGCUACAUCCCUUGGAUGGAGUGAUGCUAAUGGAAUGCUAAGCAAGGAAACUCUUCUCCUUCACAACUUUGGGUUUGGGUGGGAUCCAACCACAAAGAAAUUCGCUGCUCCUGAAGAAGUUUGGAAAGACUACUUUAAGGUUAGGGAAAAAGAGAGAGAGGAGCAGAGUUAUAUGUGGGAUGUCAUUAAGGAGACCCCAAAUUUGGAUGAACAUGCUUGUUAUAAAGCGUUUUCUUUGUUGAAUAAUAACACAAAAAAGGAUGCAUUUUUGAAAAUGUCCCUUGAAGAGCGCUCAAAUUGGAUAUCCUACAAUUUGGAAUGA